AUGGACAAACGCGAGGCCAGCCCCGACUCGCUGGCCGGGCCGAUUGAAUUCGUCUAUCUCGAACUCGACACGCCGCUGCCCACGCCGCAGAUCACUCUGCCUCCAGGGCCCGGCCAGUCACCGCCGCCUGAGGCGCCUAGCCUUGAGAAAUACACCUCGCCGUUUCUGUGGCCGCGAUGGCGCAAGUCGCUCAUGACUUGGAUCUCGUGCGCUGUCACUGCCUUGGCUGGGUAUUCGGCUGGCGAGGUGAGCCCGGCGGCAGAUGAAUUGACGAAUGAGUGGGGGAUCAGUGCUGUUGUGUACAAUCUCAGCAUCACGAUGUUCUGUGUGGGAUUCGCUUUGGCGCCGAUGGUGCUGGCGCCUUUCUCGGAGAUCAAUGGACGCAGGCCGAUUUUCAUUGCUAGCGGGGUCCUGUUUGUCGCAUGUCUGGUGGCAUGCGGUGGAACUCAUUCCUUCGCCGGUCUGCUUGUCGCACGGCUUUUUCAAGGUGUCGGUGGAUCAACCUUCUCAACCAUGGUCGGCGGUGUCAUCAGUGACAUCUACCACGCGCAAGACCGCAACACCCCCAUGGCACUCUUUUCCGCAUCUGCGCUCUUCGGAACUGGCCUUGCGCCUAUGCUGGCCGGCGUGAUCGUCACCCACACCACCUGGCGGUGGGUGUACUAUUCGCAUGCCAUUGUCUCCGCUGCCUUUGUUAUUAUUAUUUUCCUUUUCUUCAAGGAAACCCGCGGCAGUGUCCUCCUCAGCCGCAAGGCCAGGGCACUGAAUGUCUACUACGAGAAGCUCGAGGCAGCAGGCCACUGCGGGGUUCUAAUGGCGGGCGAGGAGGCAACUGAGGAGAAGUCCGUGCGACGUAUUCGGUGGAAGGUGAAGAGCGACGAGCAGCGAGCUUCGCUGAUCAAGAUGAUCCAGAUCUCGCUGUAUCGACCAUUCCACAUGCUCCUCACCGAGCCCGUCGUCUUCUUCUUCUCCCUCUGGGUCUCCUUCAGCUGGGCCGUCCUCUACCUCCAAUUCGGCUCCGUGCCGCUCGUCUUCCGCACACACCAUGGCUUCACCAUCGAACAGUCCGGCGCCGUCUUCACCGCCAUGUGCGUCGGCGUCAUCCUGAUUACUCUGAUCAGCAUCUGGCAGGAACGCAUCGCCCUGCGUCUCGGCAAGCUGUCCUCGUCCGCCGAGGCCCGGCUGUACUUCGUUUGCGUCGAGUCCGUGCUGUUGCCCGUGGGCCUGUUUUGGUUCGGUUGGACCUCCUACCCGUCCAUUCACUGGAUCGUGCCCUCCAUGGCGGUCGGGUGUGCGACUAUGGGCAUUUUCUCGAUUUAUUUGGCGACGUUCAAUUACCUUGCUGAUACGUAUCAUCGCUAUGCGAGUUCGGCUAUUGCGGCGCAGUCUUGCUGUCGGAAUCUGCUCGGUGGUGUCUUUCCGUUGGUCACCAACGCCAUGUUCACCAACCUCACGUACCCAGGCGCAUCGAGUCUGCUGGGAGGAAUUGGUGCUCUUCUCACCCUCGUCCCCUGGGUGCUGGCCUUUUACGGGCCGAAGAUUCGGGCCAAGAGCAAGUUGGCAAGCGAACUGGCCCGUUGA